CUUCAGAGAGGAAAGAAUUAAAAAGGGAAGAACGAGGCCCCAAAUUAAAUUUCCAACGGCAGCUGAAAAUAGAAACCCCCGUCGACAGAAGGCUACUAUAUAUACACACGCAGCCCGACUGACCCGACACCCACAAAAAUAUCGUAUUGGGUCAAGAUUUUGAUCUUUAUUUUCUUGUCUAUCCUCGAUAGUUUUGGUCUUGGGGAGAAUCAAGAAUCUGGGUGGCCCAAUCAAGAAUCAGUCGAGAAUUGAUCAUGGACAGUGGGGUGAGUUUCUCUGAGGACACCAUGGAUGACGAAUACGCGAAGUUCAUCAGGAGAAUGAAUCCUCCUAGAGUUGUGAUCGACAACGAAUCUUGCAAGAACGCCACAGUUAUUCAGGUGGACAGUGCCAACAAACAGGGCAUACUUCUGGAAGUGGUUCAAGUUCUUACAGAUCUCAAUUUGAUCAUUACAAAAGCUUAUAUCUGCUCCGAUGGAGGAUGGUUCAUGGAUGUUUUCAACGUCACGGAUCAUGACCGAAACAAGAUAACAGACGUAGGGAUCCUAGAUUACAUUCAGAAGUCACUUGGUCCCGAUUCGUGCUCGAUGAGGCGGAGAUCGGUCGGCGUGACGCCGGGGAUGGACCACACGUCCAUCGAAUUAAUCGGGAGCGAUAGGCCUGGGCUACUAUCCGAGGUGAGCGCUGUCCUAACUCACCUCAAGUGCAAUGUCGUGAACGCCGAGGUUUGGACACACAACACGCGCGCGGCCGCGGUAAUGCAAGUCACCGACGAGGAGACAGGGGCGGCGAUCUCCGACCCCGAUCGCCUGUCCGUGGUUAAGACAUUGCUGUGCAAUGUCCUAAAAGGCAGCAACAAAACGCGCGACGCAAAGACUGCAGUCGUGUCUCACGGCGCCACGCACACGGAUCGGAGGCUUCACCAGAUGAUGUUCGACGAUCGGGAUUACGAGCGGAUGGCUCUCGACGAUAAUGGUUCCGACAAAGAAAGGCCUAACGUGAACGUCGCAAAUUGGCACGAUCGAGAUUACUCCGUCGUGACGAUCCGUUGCAAGGAUCGCCCGAAGCUUUUGUUCGAUAUUGUCUGCACUUUGACGGAUAUGCAGUACGUUGUCUUCCACGGAAACGUCGAUUCUGAAGGGCCCGAUGCUUAUCAGGAAUACUGCAUAAGACACAUCGACGGAUCUCCGGUGAAAUCGGAUGCCGAGAGGCAGAGAGUCAUACAAUGCCUUGAAGCAGCAAUACAGAGGAGAGUGUCUGAAGGGCUAAAGCUGGAGCUUUGCACGACGGACAGAGUCGGGCUGCUGUCGGAUGUAACUCGAAUUUUUCGCGAAAACAGUCUAACGGUGACGCGAGCAGAAGUGGCGACGAGAGCGGGCAAAGCAGUGAAUACGUUUUACGUGCGCGACGCAUCCGGGUACCCGGUGGAUCCGAAGAUCAUAGAUUCGAUUCGGCAGACGAUAGGGCAGACGAUUCUUCGAGUGAAAGGCAGCCCACAAGAAGCGAAUCAGAGCAGCCAAGAAUCUCCAACCAGGUUCCUAUUUGGCGGGCUAUUUAAGUCGAGAUCGUUCUGUAAUUUCGGGCUGGUUAGAUCGUAUUCUUGAAUGGAUUUCCAUGUUAAGUUUUAGAUUAGAUGAAGUUUAAUUUGGUUUAACAAUGGAAUGGAAGAAAGGCUUUUACUUGGAUAAAACCCAUCAUCGAUCAUCCCUGUAAAUAUUCCAUCUUUGGUUUGCUUAGCUUCUAGUUGUACAGAACAAAAACUCUGCUUAAUUCAUUUCACUACCAAUCGUCA